CGCUCCUCACAGCCCGAUUAUCCAGACACUAUUUUGCCUGUAGCACCGAUACCACGACCAUGGCCGAAACUCUCGGCCUUGUCGCAGGAAUUCUGCAGGUUGUCGACUUUAGUAGGCAAUUUGUGGUAACAGCACGGAAGAUACACAAGUCGGGCAUAGAAGGCCUAGACAGCCUCUCGGACCACCAAGUCUUCGCCAAAAACCUCCAGGUUGUGGUAGAUGCCCUUCUAGAUGAAUCAGCGAAUUCCGAGGCGACCACUGGAGACAACUCCGACGAUACACUGGCCAAGGAAUGUGCUAGUACCUUAUCGGACAUGAUAGAGACGCUGGGCAGUAUUCAUAUACCCUCGAAAGGAUUGAAGCGCGACACUGCUGUUCAAUCGUUCAAGGUUCUUUGGAAUAAAGACAAAAUAAAUGCCCUCCAGGACCGACUCGACAAGUAUAGUAAACAACUCACUUUGAAGUUGAUACUCUCACUUAGAAUGCAUGCCAACACCUCGCUGCAAAACCAGCAAGAAAUUCUCGACAAGUUAGCCACACUGACGGGCGAUCGCAACACCCUGCCGGAAGAAACCUCUUUGGCAAGUAACGGAUUUGGAUCUGCGGUGAUUGAAUAUCUCGCUGGGCCACUGCAGGAAUCCAGUCGCAGUAACGGAAAACUAUUCCUUCGUCAAGCAUUGGUCAACGAGGUGUACCAGGGAGGGAGGGAUGGCGAGGCUUCAUCCAAGAUCGGCAUGUCUGAGAGCCAUAGAGCCAGUCUGUACGGCAUUUUCUUGGCCUCUCUCCACUUCCCUGGAAAUCAGGAUCGAGAACAGCGAAUUGCUGAAGCUCAUCAACAAACAUUCCGCUGGAUCUUUGAAGAACCGAACGAUGACCCUCAUGCUGUUUCAUGGUCGAGUUUCAAAGACUGGCUUCAGUCAGACGAUCAGCUCUACUGGAUUACUGGCAAGGCUGGAGCUGGUAAGUCGACUCUGAUGAAAUUCGUCACACAGCCCGCUCGAACCCCUGGAGCAUACUCGCCUCCCGAAGUCCGUUGUGCAAAGUAUUUGCACAACAGAACCCAGGAGAAGCCAUUCAUUGUGGCAUCAUUCUACUUUUGGGCCGGAGGUUCGAUGGUGCAGAAGUCAACUACGGGCAUGUUCUUGACGAUACUCGCCCAACUUUUACAGGCGUACCCCGAAGCGAUACCAUUCGUUUCGCCCAAUGCAUGGGAAGCCUUGUCUCUUUUCGAUGAACCUCCAAGAUCCUUGACGCAUGGCGAAGUUGGCGCCAUGUUUCGUCGCGCAGUGAUGCACAUCGACUCCUUGGCGACACCUGUGUUGUUCAUUGACGGCCUGGACGAGUUUGAUGGCAAUCAUCAAGAGUUGAUCUCACUUCUUCAUGAUCUCGUCUCCGCAUCCUCUGUCAAACUCUGUGUCUCUAGUCGUCCAUGGGUUGAGUUUGAGAAAGCCUUCGUACACCAGCCAAGUUUGCGGCUGGAAGAUCUUACAUACUCGGAUAUUAAAAGCUACGUCAGCAGUCGAUUCCUCGGCGAUCUAUCGUUCAAGGAUCUGCUACAGAGUGAGACCAAUUUUGCUAAAGCUCUCAUUGAAGAAGUUGUCGUGAAGGCAUCAGGGGUGUUCUUAUGGGUUCAGCUCGUCGUCAAUUCUUUAUUGUCGGGAAUUCGCUUCGGCGACCGCGUCAUCGAUCUCAAAAGGCGGCUCGAUCUCCUGCCCCCCGACUUAGAGAAACUAUACGGAAGGAUUCUAGACAGUCUUGAUCCUUUCUAUCGACGACAUGCUACGGAGUACUUUGCGCUUAUGGAAGCGUGCGUUGAACCUCCUCGUGCCCUCCUUCUCUCAUUCGCAGAUGAAGAGAACCCGAUCAAGUUUGCCUUGAGGCUGAAGAGCGCAGCUAUGACGCCUGAGCAAAUCAAAGACAGAGUGAAUUCCAUGAGACUUCGAAUUAACAGCCGAAGCAAGGGUCUACUUGAGAUGGACAGGAGUAACCAGCAUCCUGGCCAGUCAACGCUCAAUCCAUGUGACUUCAAGGUCCAUUAUCUACACAAGACGGUGAAAGAUUACAUUGGGAGCCCGGAAGCGCAGAGAAAGCUUGAACGGAUAUCCGACGAUAUUCAUCUCAAACUUCUUGCGGCUAGGCUCGCCUUGUUCAAAGCCGUCCCUGGCAAUGACCCCAAUGUCUAUGAUUCCACCGUUGAGGAGUACAUGUACCAUGGGGCCAGGACUCUCCCAGAACACAAAUUUGACAUCAUUCACCUGAUGGACGACUUUUAUGAUGUUACAGUAUCUAAGAACAUCCUGAUCCCCUUCCCAAAAGAGGCGCGGAAUCAACCCGGAGACAUUAGCCUCGCAAGUCGCUUUCUCUGCCAAGCCGCAAAGUUUGGGGUUUAUCAGUAUGUCAGCGCCAAGGCAAACAAGGACUGCCUCAUUUCACAUGAUGGGAGUACGGGCAGGAAAGGUCACUCGCAGGAACGGGCAGCCAACAAGGGACGUGGUCGUUUUGUUCAGGCAGCUGCAAAAUUGGCUCCAGGGCUCUUCCAACCCACUGGUAACGGCUACCCGCUACUACUACUUCCGGUCGAAUCAAACAACCCGUGGAAUGACUUCACAGUUAAAACUAUGGAGGCCAUUCUCCAGAAAGGAGGCAAUCCAAACUAUUCGUUCGAUUUCCACUACUGCGCCAGGGUAAAAGCACCAACGGCUUGGAAGGUCGUUAUUGCAAGAAUUGUCUGUGCAUCUGCUUACCAGUCUAUCUACGCAAGAGACCGAAAGGCGCUGGGCAAGGUUGCUCAACAGAUGAUUAGUUACGGGGCUGUUGUGAGUCAAUCGACAGUUGAAGACGCCUUGGAAAUCCUAGCAGACCGCAUUGUGGUUCGCCACGGUGUGGUCCAGUGGAGGUACGAGAGUGACCACUGGUAUCAAAUCAAGAAUAAAGAGGAGAUCAAACAAUUGGUAUAUGGCGUCUUGAAACGCUCGAAGGCAAGCCAAGGUCGUUCCGCUAUUGAAAUUGGGCAAGAGUACAGGCUUCAGACUUCGGGUAACGCAUAUGGAAUGCAGAUUCAGCUCUAAGUAUGAAAACAAGUUUAAGUAUAGACAGCUCUCACAAUCGACGUCGAAAAGGUCUUGCCUGUGCUGGCGCUACAAACGGCAGUUAGAGUGUCUAGAACAGGGGGCAGUAUAUAAUUUAUUUGUAAUGUGAGAGGUAUAUUUUGGAAUCGGAUUUAAGCCGAGGCCGUCGUAUCCCUCUACAUCGGCAAAGACAAGUUGGGUUAGUUGGUCACCGGCCUGAUUGCCGCCUCUCGGCCGUAAGACCGAUGCGCCCCCACCAGCUUUAGAUGCGUAUGUGUGUUCUCACACCAUACCUUAGUUUAUAGUGGC